AUGGUUACCGCAAUCAAUCCUGAAAUCGAAACCAAGUCCGCGGUUGCCGAAACCGCCGAGGCGCCCGCUCAGCCCGCCGCCGUCGACGUUUCCGCGAUCCCGGAAACCCCGGCCGAGUUGCUCGAGCAGUGGGAAAACACCCGCAAGCCCUCCGUCCAGGCGACCAUCAUGGCGAGUUUCGUCGCCCUGUGGAACGUGGUGGCCGGCCCGGGGAUGACCAACCGCGCCCGCCUGGAGCGGGAAAUCGCCGAGACCCGCGGCUACCGCGACGGUUUUCACCAAACUGGCCUAGUCAGCCGCCACCUGCCAAAGGAUGGCGCCGCCCUCCCGGCGUCGCCCGAUAGCUGGCAAGGGUCGCCGCAGCAAUGCGGCGGCCCUUUUUUCGGUUGA